UGCAUGGAGCCCCGGUGGUUCGCCACCCCUCACCCCGUCACCCUGCCCAGAGCAGCCAGGGGAGGGAGAGUUGUAUCCGGAUACGUGGUGGGGGUAGAGGCGGUCCCUGUCCCACCCUCGCACGGCACAGAGAGCAGAAUAGAGUAGAGACGUAGCCCAGCCGUCCCACCUCUACACAAAAACUAAAGAUGGCAACCUCCAGCACUCCGCUAAUCUCUCUGCUUCUAUUCGCGGUUUCCGUUACAAUAGUCUUCUGUCAAUACGAGAAAUACAGCUUCAGGAGUUUUCCGCGUCAUGAACUAAUGCCGCUAGACUCCGCGUAUAAAUACGCGCUGGACCAGUACACCGGAGAGAAAUGGCAGGAGACAGUUGACUAUCUCGAGGUCUCUCUUCGGUUGUACCGGCUGCUCAGGGACAGCGAGGCCUUCUGCAACCUCAACUGCAGCUCUGUGCGGCUGGACAACGAGGAGAAGUUUACCGACUUCCCGGAGCUGCGUGUGUUCGGUAACGUUAUGAAGAGGGCGCAGUGUCUCAAGCGGUGCAAACAGGGGCUGCCCGCCUUCAGACAGACCAUGCCCAGCCGGGACACCGUGGAGGAGUUCGAGAAACGGGAACCUUAUAAAUACCUGCAGUUCGCCUACUUCAAAUCUGAUAACCUGGCCAAGGCAGUGUCUGCUGCCCACACCUUCCUCCUGAAGCACCCUGAUGAUGAGAUGAUGCAGAGGAACAUGGCCUACUACAGGACUCUACCUGGAGCUGAGGAACACCUCACAGACCUGGAGACCAAGUCCUACGAGAUGUUGUUUGUGCGAGCGGUGCGGGCGUAUAACGGUGAUAACUACCGUACCUCAGUGUCAGACAUGGAGCUGGCUCUAAGGGAUUUCUUCAAGGUCUAUGAUGAAUGUCUGGCUGCUUCAGAAGGAGCCAGGGAGGUCAAAGACUUCAAAGACUUCUACCCCUCCAUUGCUGACCACUACACAGAGGUGUUGGAGAGGAAGGUGAGGUGUGAGGCCGAGCUGACUCCUGUGGUUGGAGGAUUCAUCGUAGAGAAGUUUGUAGCAACCAUGUACCACUACCUACAGUUCGCCUAUUACAAACUGAAUGACCUGAAGAACGCGGUUCCGUGUGUGACCAGCUACAUGUUGUUUGACCCCAGUGAUGAGGUGAUGAAGAACAACGUGGUGUAUUACCAGUACCACAGAGACAAAUACGGACUCAGCGAUGAAGAUUUCCUACCUAGAUCGGAGGCAGUACGGUACUUGAACCAGACCACCAUGCAGCUAGAGAUGCUUGAGUUCUCCAGACAACACCUAGCGAGCGAUGACGAGGGGGAAGUGAUGGAGUUUCUAGAUGAGUUCCUGGAUGCUUAGGAUCAGUAGCACACGCUGGACGCACUGAAAAUAAAGAAGGAAAGAAAGAUAUAGAGAAAGAAAGAAAAGGCUGAACUAAAUGACAGAAACGAGCGACGGCAGGUUUUCCCAGAAUGCCGCCGGGCCUUGGUUCCUCCCACUGGGUCGUAUUUAUUCUGAGGUUCCGAUUGGCUCAAAUUGGUUAGAUUUUUUUUAUGUGCGUAUAUGACCUUUUAAAUCAUGUUUUUUUAAUAGUUCUGGAUCAUGUGCACUAACAUGUACAUUGCAGAGGUACGGACAGUGAGUGAUAUUGUGGUAUUAAAUUGGUGAUGAAAUGAUAUGUGGCCAUUCUCUGUUAUGUAUGUUCACUCCCCUCUGUCUAUUGUCCAUGUUUUAAAUCAAACUGUUCACUGUCUUACAAGGAAAGAUAUAAAGAUAUUCACAUGGUUCGUUAAUAAUAAAACCACAUGGUAAAACCAA